CUGAGAACAUCGACUUAAAGAUCUUGGCGCCUCAGGCAGCUCUUGUUCCCGAUUUCACUACACAUCUUUCAGAGUCAUAGUUAUCUAACUUCGAUUUAUAGCAUUUAGAUCCAUCCUGCAGGGCUGUAAAUAUGCCAUGUAGGUCUCAGAGCUAACUUCGUGUUAGCAACAAAGUGUGACUGAGUCACUUUCAGGCCGUACGUGGUUCAUGUGCAUGUGCUGUCAUUGGUAUCAUCACGUCAGCGUACACACAUAGAAAAGUAAGGGCUUACAAAUGUGGCUGGCUGGGCCGACGACGUAAUGGCAGCAUCGAGCGAUAACCUUGUACCUUGAUCUUGUCACGUGUUAAUGUGGCACGAAAGCACUGCCCCAUCUACAGCCCGCUCACCCCGCCACAGUCCCAACCCAUUCCCCGACAAUACUUUGCUUGAAAGCAUCCAUUGGCAUUGCUUACAGCAACAACUGCACUACAGGAUCAUAGCGCUGAAACCCUGUUAUGGCUCUAGCUCCGAGUAUUGUGACAGGAUAUGCGCUUGGCGUACUAUCUGUAGCUAUCCUAAUCACGAAAGCAUAUUUCAUCAACAUCAAGCCAAGUCACCAAACCACGAAACACCUGCUAUCGACGAAACUCCUCGAGUUUUCACCGUUAGCACUUUCUUUCUGCUGGGUAGCUUACCAUGUCACGUGCCAGCUCACGCUAGCAACUUCCCUCGAUCCCCCUUGUGACGAACUGGACCAGAUGAUGAACCCGGACAUUGGAGGAAUUGGUGCUCGAGUUGGAAUAUACGCGCCUCAAAUCACGACUAUGAUCUCAAUGGGAGUGGGACACUGGCAUAACACGGAAAAUGGUGUAAAAGAAACCUGUAUUGUAAAUUUAAUCGUAUUGGCCUCUCUAAUGCUCAAUACCCUGAAAGGGUUCUACAAAAGUCUCCACGUCACAGAAAUUCUCGUCGCAUGUUAUUCGAUCGAUGGAGUUCACGCAGCGAUAACGAUGGCAUUUGCAGAAAAGAGGACGCUAGCAUCUCGCUGGCUUAUAUCAAUAAGUGUCUUGACGCAGCUCAGUGCAAAAAUCACCGUCGCUGUUGCGGUAGGGCAUCUGCCGUCAGUGGAGCGCAGGCUGGACUGUUCUAUCCGAACUCCAUUCUAUGGCACUAUGUUUUAUGCCAAUUCGUGGAAUCCAGCAACAUUAUAGUGGUACCUCUCUUUCAGGUCCCUCAACUGGAGUUUUGCUGCAUAUACUGCUCUGAGUCAUACCAUGCUAUUCGACGAAGCCGAAAAGAACAGCCGAAUAGAAAGAGAGCUUAAAGAACAGCAACACGAUAGACCUACAGACCUAGAAAGGGGCUCUUUCCCUCUUGAUUUUGAUCUACU